CUGAUUUCCUGCAUUACUGGAGCUCGCGGCUACUCAGCGAAAUGGCUGCGUUUCUGCGUGCUCGUAAAUAUGUCCGCUGUGUUGUCCGUUUCUCCGACCGUGAACUGUAAACGGUGCUGCUUUCUGCUUGUGAAGAUAAAUAAGGACACCUACUAGCUCAGCUGUCAUGGCUGAAGACAAUACAGAUGUGGGAGGUACGAUCGAGGAUGAAGAUGAAGGUUCAGACGACCCAAACGUUCCAGUGAGAAAUCGUCAACGGACAUGCAGUAGGGAGCUCAAUGCGUUCAGAGCUCAGUGGAUGUCUGAACUUAAACCGAGCUCCGACUCAAGCGGACUGAGUGACCGACUGCUGCGAAUGAGCAGUCUGAAGAGGACGCAAGAGACUGCGCGGGAGGAAAAAGCUACUGAACUGUUCUUGAGAGCAGUUGAGGAAGAGCAGAAUGGAGCCGUCUAUGAGGCUAUCAAGUUCUACCGCAUGGCUAUGCAGCUUGUGCCUGACAUUGAGUCUAAAAUCAACUACAGCCGUCCUUCCGAUGCAGACCGAGUUGGAGGAAACUACAUGGAAGACAGUGAUGUUGAUGGUGAGAUCGAGGAUCUACUUGCCUACUUUGAGCAGCAGCUCACUCUGGAAAGCUCCUUUCCAAAGAUCUGCACUCCUGAGUUGGAUUUGACUCAGACACACAUUUCAGCCUUGCCACGGGAAAUCCUGAUGUACAUAUUUCGCUGGGUUGUGUCGAGUGAUCUGGACAUGCGAGCCCUGGAGCAGCUCUCUUUGGUUUGCAGAGGGUUUUACAUUUGUGCAAGGGACCCUGGGAUUUGGCAUUCAGCCUGUUUAAGAGUGUGGGGACGGAACUGCACUAAAGUUUUGCCCUUCAAAUCCUGGAGGGAGAUGUUCCUGCAAAGGCCUCGUGUUCGCUUCGAUGGCGUUUACAUCAGCAAGACGUCAUACCUUCGUCAAGGAGAGAAGUCACUGGAUGGAUUUUACAGGGCUUGGCAUCAUGUUGAGUACUACAGGUACCUGCGGUUCUUCCCUGACGGCCAAGUCGUCAUGCUGACCACCCCUGAGGACCCUUUGUCCGUUGUUCCUUGCCUGCGUACGAAGAACAUCAGAAUGGAUUCUGUUCUGUUCGGUCAUUUCCGUCUGUCACAGGAGACAGACAAUCAAACCAAAGUUUAUGCUGUUGUCUGCAAGAAGAAGGAGGAGAAAGCGACCGAGUUUCAAAGGAACCGGUUCUGCAGGCGGAACCCAGCUCCGGAAACUGAACGCAACUUUCACGUGGGUCUGUAUCUGUCCACUGGGGGGCGUCAGAGUUUCAAUAAGCUGGUGUGGAUCCACCACUCCUGCCACAUCACUUACAAGCUGACGGGGGAAACGGUGGUCACAGCGUUCAACCUGGACAGCAUGUACACACCCUUCGUCUUUGCACGUGUGAAGAGUUACACUGCUUUCUCCGAGCAGCCUCUGUAAGCAGCCUGCAGACCUGCACACUUUCCCACAGAGACCACAGCAACCAUGCAUCAUUUUAACAAAACGCAUUCUCCUCCGCUUGUUCAAUCAGUACUGCAGCUGGAUCAAGGUGUUAAUAUAUAAACCCUCAUGUUUCCUACGUCCUAACUCUUUAUGUUUUGGGUUUACAUAAUAGAAUACUACUUAUUUUCUGAUUUCAGAAAUUAUGGUAAUGGGCUGAGAGCUAAAAUACUUAGCAACCUUUCCCACCUGUUUGAAGCAAUGAAUGUUCAUACUGUGUUGGUCUUAUGGUGCACUUUCUCCCUCAAAUAAACAGUGAUAAACAGAA